UCUGGAAAAGUCUCCAUUGUCGGCGUGCUCUUUAACAAACUUGCGUCUCCGCGGCGGCCCCCCUCCACCAGAGAGCGCUGUUUCGAUUGCGAGCCACUCUGCUGGUAACCCUGCUCAGGACAUUAGCCAAAACCCGGCGCAGUCUUGGAUGCCACCCGUGUGUGAGCCACUCUGGGUUCCCAUCGAACCAACCCCAAUGCGGUCGGAGGAGUCGAGACCAGCCAAGCGGCACUGCGUGCUGUAUGAAGUACGUGACGAUGAAGCAGAGGUCGACACUGAGUCUCGGGACAGCCAAUCUAGUAGUGGCCUUGACACGUCAGUCUUGCUGCAGUCAAGAAUGAUCGAGACAUCUGAAGAUCAGGGCCGAGUCAUCUACGUUGGCGACACCGCCACUCUGGCAUAUCUGCAAGUAGUGCGCAUGCUUUUUGCGACCUUCCUUGGAGACGACUCGGAGUUCACGAAUGACCGCGCGCGUCACACCAUUCUUGAGAAGAAGGUAUCCUCGCUCUCUAGCACAAGGCACAGCUCCAUCUUGCCCGACAGGGCCACGACGGAAGCUUUAGUAGAGUCGUUCUUCGUACAUACUGUGGGAUUCGUCGACCUCUUCGACCGCGGCUCGUUCCUGGAAUCAGUGGGUUAUUGCUUUAUAAACCCUCUGGCAGUCUCUCCAGCAUUCUUGAGUCAGCUGUACCUCGUGCUCGCGAUCGGACUGAUAUUGGCGGAUAGAGAUGACACCACGACUCACGGCGGGCUACUGAUUGCGAAACUCCACGCGCAGAGCCAUGUCUAUGCAGAGUCUUUCUUCAGAAAUGCCAGGGGCUUGGCAGAUUUCCGCCCAGACUUUGAGAGUGCCAACACAUCCACGGUCGAGAUUCUACUGCUCAUCGCUUUAUGGAAGCUUACUUCCUGGAGAAGAGAUUCGGCGCACCACUACCUGAGUAUCGCGGCACACUCGGCGUACGCGUUGGGAUUGCACCAGGAAGCAAAUGACGUCCUCUUCCCACUGCUGGAGCGAAGAAAACGACGCAAGCUAUGGCGCAGCCUGCUAAUCUUUGACAGUUUUCUCGGCGCUGCUGGACUCGGACGGCCCCUUGUCAUUGUGCACGAAGAUUAUCCCAGCUUGAAAGCCGGCGAGUCUUCAUCACAGCCACAUCUCGAGUGCUCCGUGCCCUCGCCAUUCGAGCACACCCACAAUUUAGCGGCUCAAGCUGCGGCAAAGACGAGCCGCAUCCUGGCUAUGGUCCUUCGUAAGCAGUAUGCUCGACAGAGGCUGUCUACCACUGCGGCUACCGGCCUUGUGAGCACGUUCGAGGACUGGAAUCGCUCGCUCCCUGAUCUGUUGCAUUGGAGACGACUACAAGAUGACAACCUCGACCGUGCCCACGGAAUUGCCGUUCUUCAUACAAAUGUGUUCCAGCUCAAUGCAAUCAUUCUCUUAACGCGCCCGUUCCACCUUUUCCACAUGAAGUCGGUCUUGCCGGAAAGCCGCGAAGCAAAAGCGAAGCAGUUCCGUGCUCCCAGAGGCUUGCGCAACUUGUCGCGAUCAUGUGUCGAGGCCUCGUACCAUUUAUUGUACCUUGUUCAUGUCGCCCACGAGCGGAAGCUCUUGACACGGUGCAGUCCGUUUGCGAUUCACCCUACAUUUACAGCCGCGCUGAUUACCUUGACAAAUGACUUCGCCCCACUGUAUCGUGCUCCAGACUCCGAAACGUUGUUCCGCCAUGUGCGCUCGGUCUUGAGCUUUUGUGCUGAGCAGGACUAUCAGGCACAACGCUACUUGGAAAUUGUCGACCAUUUCCACAGCAGUAUCAGAUUGAAAUUGUCUCUUCGGAAGGGCCCCCUGCUGGAGCCAGGUUCGCAUUCGAUCUCGACAGCCAUGCACAACAAAGAUUGUGACCCAUUGUUCACACUCUCCCGACACGGUCAAGCAAAUCACACCGUAGUCUCAGCACAGACUGCGAAUCGCGUCUCGAGCCCGCCCGCCCCGCGCAAUCAACUUAGGAUCCACGGCAAGGGUUCUGCGACGCAACCAAGUCCAGAAGGCAACAUGCCUGUCAACAGCGGCGGCACAGGCAGCACGGCCACUCUCGAUGCCAAUGGCACUACCGCAGAGGCUGGAACCAUGGGUGAUGUCAGUUUCUUCUUCACCGACCUGUAUACUUCGAAUGCUCAACCGAUCGGGAGCGACACCAUCGCGGCAGCCAGUAUGUACACAACAACGGCCUACAUGCAUCCCCAGUGGAGUCAUGAAAGGACGAGUCGCGGUGGGCCGCAUCCCCAACAGCUGUAAGGCUGUCAAAGUUGCAGGAGGAUAUGCUCGGGCUUGUCGCGCGAGUCACCUCCUUGUGACUCAAUCCAGGCUUCGAGGCAGGGAAAAGGGCAUGGCAUGGAGUCAGGUUGUUCCGGACAGAACGAUGAUGAAUCAGUUCGCGAGUCGAGGGUGGUCUUUUGACGCAGGCGCUUGAUUACUAUGGAACUUUUCCAGAGAGGUAGCAACACAACAUCAUCAUUUAUCUCCAUGAUUGAGCCGG